AUGACAAAGAAUGUAGAGCAUAUAAGUCUUACAACUUCAGCUAGCACUCAUGAUGAAGUUAUAUUGCCACCAUAUCCCAAAGAAAAAAAGCGUCAAAUAUGGUCUAAUAUGUGGAACCACUUCACUGCGAUGGAAGGUGAUGAGAAAAAGGCUAAAUGUCAAUAUUGUGGAGUCUUAAUUAAGUAUAGUAACAGAACAAGUGGUAUGCAGACUCAUCUAGGUAGAUGCACUGCUUAUGAUCAUGAUAAAACCCAACCCACCCAACCAAACAAAAGGAGAAAAACCAAUUCAGAAGGGAAAAUAGUUUGUUCGCCAAGCUAUUCUAAAUUUGAUCAAGAGGAAUGUCAAGCGCUACUUGUGAAAACAUUUAUGUGUUGUGAGCUUCCAUUCUGUUUUGUGAAGAAUGAAGUCUUUAGAAAGUUAUUAAUCACUUUGCAGCCUCGGUUUUAUAUCCCAUCACGGUCUACAUCGAGGCUUGAUAUUUGGGCGCUCUACCUUGAAGAAAAGGAGAAAUUGAAAAAUUCUUGUCAAAUCAUGGAAGAGUUUGUUUGA